AUGGCGCCCGAACCAGCCCUGACGACGGCAUAUCUGAGCUAUAUCGUACUCAGCAACUAUCCUAUCAUAGCAUGUCAAGUACUCAUCUUCUUCGAGAGCGUACGUGUGCUGCCGGGAGAGGUGCGCAUGUACGUCCGUAUGGUCAACAGGGGCAAGAUCAACAUCGCCGAGAUCCUCUUCCUCUUGACCAAGUACCUCUCACUACUCUCGAUCAUCUCCGAUGCCAUCACAAAUCUAACCUCGGGAUGGGUCGAUGUCACUGGCUGUAAAGCUCUUAGCUGGAUCUACCAGAUGCUCCUCUUCUUCUGCACUACUCUGAUCAGCACGACUCUUGCCUGGCGAUGCUACGUCAUUUUCCAGCGGCGCUAUCGAGUGGGCAUUUGGUUGCUUCUUGGACUCACCGUACAGCUUACUGCCGCCAUGGCUACCGCCCAAUUCCAGAUCAAGAUGAAGACGGUCGUGGACGGAUACUGCUCCUACCUAGACGAAGACAUCAUAGAGGCAAAUGCCAGGCCCUGGUACCAAAAGCUUGGUAUCUGGUUUCUGCUGUACAGCUUCCUCUUCGACAGCACCCUUGUCAUCUGCACCUCUUGGCGACUGAUCAGAUGCGUCAGGGGUCCAUCUGGACUACAGAGGAUCGGCAAGCUUCUCUUUGUCAAUAAUCUGCACUACAUUGCCAUUGUGGGUGGCUUGAACUUGGCAGAAUUCUUCAUCUUCGUCUUCUUCAGUGGACAAUUGCCAACUCUGCUGCCAUUGACCAUCGUCGUCGAGGUGAUGAUCGGCAUGAAUUUGAUCAUUGCGGAGCAAGAUGCUGCUCAUGGAUACGGCCGUACCACAACCACUGGCUACACCGGCAUGCCCAGCAACUUCACAGGAGGGCCGCGACCUUCCUCAGCAGGAGUGUCGAAUUGGACUGAUUCCAAAGGUCAAAUCACCACGCGAGGAACUACUUCCCGAGGUGCUGGUCUAGAGGGCAUCAGGUUCGACUGCAACGAAGAGGUCCUGGUCGACUACGACGUCACGCUGACUCAGAUGUCCCCUGGAGCAGCCGAUACAUGGAGUCCUGCUUGCCCCAAUGGACCAGAGGUAGACCGCUUUGACCGCUUUGUUCCAGGAGGCGAUCACCCAAUGGCAGACAAGCCAUAUACAUAUGGAGCUUCGGGUAACUCGUACCCCUUCACUGGACAGGAAGGCUAUGCUUCGGCUACCUCCACACUUGGCAAACCAGGGCAAGGCUCCACAUCGCCUCAUGCCCGGUCUAACGACCCCCUGAGUGUGCCACAGGCGUCACCACCUCAUGGCGGCGCAGGAGUGCCCACUUCAGGACUGUCCAUCAAGGCAAUUCGAGCGCAGAUGAACCAGAACGAAGCCAACAACCAAACUGCCGCACGAGACGGUGCUCGUUCGGCCAACGGGGGCUGGAAUGGCGGGCAGGAAUCCCCUCGUGACUACCACGGCGGGUACAGCUUGCGGCCUUUGUCUGGCCACCAGCAGGACCAGCAAGGUGCGAGUGGAGCUGCUGGGUCAUCCCGCCAGAUCUUGAAGAGGAGCGACUCGAUGGGGAGCUUUGCGAGCCACUGCACUUGCCAGGAAUCGAUGUACAGUACUAAUUUGACUACAGCGGCAACCGGACACACCUCUGGCCGCUCUCCCGUCGAAGACGAUGCUCACCACCGCCAGUACCAUGGUGGUGUGAGCCACAAUGAACUCGAGGAGAUGGCGCAGCCACACUAUGACGCCGAUGCGCCCUUUGCUGAUUAUCGUCCUCAGCCAGAGCAUCUCCGAGGUGCAGGUCCUGGAAGUGCCUUCUAG